UUGUUUUAUCACUCCUCAGUCCAUAAGCAACGUGACCACCUCAUUAUACCAAGUCAGCAAUCUAAUUUUUUCGUUUUACAUCAUUAGUAGGUAGUUCUAAAAUUGAGUCUAAGCGAAAAAAUAGGACUACUGGAUCAGUUUAAUAAUUUUUUGUCGCCCUACAUGAUUCAGAUUCUAAACUCUCACCAAACAUUUUUGCCGAAACUUUUCACACAAAGUUUGGAAAACGUGAUUUCAGAAAUCAUUCCUUUCAAUAAACGGGCAAUAAUAGGGUAACAUUGUCGUUUUCCGUCUUUUUAACGUUAUCACGUUUUCAAAUGCUAAACAUUUUAAAUAAUUUUUAACGUUCAUAUAAGCUUUUAAGCACUAGAAUUAAGCAUAUAUAGAUGCCUAUUUUUUGGAUCUUUAUGAUUUUAUUCAAGAAUUUAGGUCUAUUUGUCAUUAAUGUGACACUUUGCGCAGUUUAGUACGAAGUUGGUGUGAAUAAACUACAAAGUAUGAACCUGUACAGGUAGUUCAGAGUAAAAUGAUAUAUUCCAGGUUUUGUGCAGUGAUGAAGCUAAAAACCAAAAUAAGAUUGAUAUUGACUUUAUGUCUAGUGAUGGUCUUAUCUCUUCUUUUGUAUUUUCAUCUUCAUCAAACAGAAUUUCAGCUAUCAGAAGAAAAUACAAUAGCCAGGCAACAAAUACAGAUUAGCAGAGGAAAUAGAGAAGCAAUUAUUAAACAACAGAGCUUGAAUCUAGCACGUGAAGUUAGUAAUAGCAAUACUAAUGACUUGCAUAGUGUCAAAUUCAAAUAUAAUGCUUCUCUGCCUCGAAUAGUAACUUUAAUAGGUCUAAAAGUAAGUGCCAAAUUGCGUCAACUCAAUACCACAAGAAUUUCUAACAGUCAAAUCAAAACUCGAAUUCAAGUGUUAAAAAGACUGGUCAAUGAUUUGAAUUCUCAAAUAGAGAUGACCAACUCUCCAUGGCACAUUGCUGCUAAUUGGGUAACUCCACGAAGUAUACAUCCAGAGGAAGCACCGCAGAUAGGAACUGUUUUGGCUGCAAUGACAUUUAAAAAGAUACUGUUUGCUGAUGUAACUUCCAAAGGCACUCAACUAAAAAUGGUAUUUGACUUAGAAGGUGGACAAAAGGUUAUCUUUAAGCCAAUGAGGUUCAAGAGAGAUUUUAUUGUUGAUGGGCCACCUUAUGCAGGUGCUGACAGACACAAUGGUGAAAUAGCAUCAUUUCACCUAAACAGACUUUUAGGUUUUAGAAGAAGCCCUCUAGUAGUUGGAAGAAAAGUUAAUCUUCGAACUGAAGUAAUGACAACAGCAAGUAAAUCAUUGUUGGAAACAUUUUUUAAGAAAGAUAACAAUACAUGUUUCUAUGGUAAGUGUUUCUACUGUAAACGUACUGAUCCAGCUUGUGGUGAAGGAGAUGUCCUUGAAGGAGCUGUUGUUUUAUGGCUUCCAGAGACUUUUGUGCUCAAGAAAUAUCGUAGUCCAUGGCAGCGAACAUACAAAAAAAAUGUUCCAGCCAGAUGGGAAGUGGACCCUAGUUUCUGUGCUCAAGUUCAAAAAUUAUCAUUGUAUCAGUCUGGAUCUCGACUUCUUGAUCUUAUAGAUGCAUCAGUUUUUGAUUAUUUAAUUGGUAAUGCAGACCGACAUCAUUAUGAAGUUUUUGAAGAUAUCAAGGACAGCAUGGUUCUUCUUCUUGAUAAUGGAAAAAGCUUUGGAAACCCUUAUUGGGAUGAACUGACAAUUUUGGCCCCAUUAUAUCAGUGUUGCAGACUGAGGAAGACAACUUAUGAUAGGCUGUUGUUGUUCAUGGGUUCACUAACGGAAUCCAUGAGAACUCUGUUAAUGGCAGAUCCCCUUGCCCCCAUUUUAGCUGACUCUCAUCUUGAAGCCUUUGAUCGUCGUUUAAAUACCAUCAUAUCUGUCAUAGAUGUUUGUGUGGAAGAACAUGGCUACAAGAAUUUCCUUAUAGAAAACGGAUAAUUAUAAUAUGUAACAUUUAUCUAAUAUUUCAAGAUUAUUUUAUGCUAGUCACAAGAAGUUUAAAUUGAAAUUGCUUGUGAUACUGAGAUUUUUUUUAAGAGCUUCUUUUUUAAUAUGUUUUACAUAUGAAAAAUAUGUUAUCUACAUACAUAGCAUAAUUAGAGCCCCCUUUUUGUUGUUAUUUAAACCAUACCUCAUGUAGGUUACUUUAAAUGUUAUGUGACUUUUUUGGUAAAGUCCAUUAAUUGAGAAAGAGAAAAAAUGGUAAAAUGAAAACCUGAAGAAUGAAUUAACUGCUUUAUAAGUUUUUAUAUUUAGUUAUUAAAAACCUUUAUGACAAUAAAUAAGAAUUAGUAUCUGUCA